AUGCACGUUAAUUGGGCGGGCAAAAAUGAUAAGGGGGAUGCAAAACAUGAAAGCAAGUCGGAGGUUCCUGCAACUUUUGGGGAUGUGGGUGCAGUGCUUGUGGAGAAUGAGCACCCCACGGAGCUCUUCAUUAGGACCAUUAUCCUCAACGGAUCUCACACUGGUCCUCUCACCAUCACCUGCAACUCUUGGUCCUACUUGCCAUCACAAACACCUAGUGGCUUGAGGAAGCUGAGAGAGAAGGAGCUUGAGAACCUUCGUGGCGAUGGAAAGGGAGAACGAAAGGCGUUUGAGAGGAUCUAUGACUACGACAAGUACAAUGACCUUGGAGAUCCAGACAUCAACGAGGAACUGGCAAGACCAAUACUAGGUGGUGAGGAACACCCUUAUCCAAGGCGUUGCAGAACAAGCCGGGCGCCUUCCAACAAAGAUCCAUUAUCAGAGAAAAGAAGUCUCAGCAUAUACGUGCCAAGGGACGAGGAAUUCUCUGAUGCCAAGACACUAACAUUCUAUAGUGAGACAAUAAAUGUCGGGUUGGAUGCUUUGCUCACUCAGAUCAGAGCUACUCUCACAGACCCCAAUCUUGGAUUCCCUUCCUUCCUCGCCGUUGAUUCCCUCUUCACUCAAGGGAUGAAGUUACCCCAAGCUCAAAAUCAAUGA